UAACCAAGUAGGGAAAGACGGAGAAGAAACCUUUCCAGUGCCAGGCUCCGAACUGUAAAACCGGGAAUAUUUUCACCGUCAAAGCGGAAGAGUAGCACCAAUCUUGCCCCAGAACUGGGGUAGCGUCCGCAACACUCCCGCAAUGGAUAGAGUUUUAACUUGUCUCCUUGCUGCGGUCAGUUUACUGGUUUCAGUUCGAGGACAAGUAUUCAAAGGUGACUGUAACUUCGAAAGACCCUACACAUCUUGCGGCUACAGUCAAGGCAAAGAUGACGACUUUGAUUGGGAACAGGGAAACACCAAGGAAAGACCCUCUUCAGACCCCUGGGUCCCAUCCGGCUCGGCCUUCAUGAUGGUGAACACGUCCGGGCGGUCGGCGGGCCAGAAGGCCCAGUUGUUUGUGCCCCAGCUGAAGGAGAACGACACCCACUGCAUCAUCUUCCAGUACUACGGCGCCAGCCGCGAGGGCUCCGUGCCCGGCCAGCUCAACAUCUACGUCAAGGAGAACAACAGUCCGCUGGGCAUCCCCGUGUGGAACGCCACCGAGCUGGCGUCGCACAAGUGGCACCAGGUGGAACUGGCCGUCAGCACCUUCUGGCCCAAUUUCUACCAGCUUGUCUUUGAGGUGGUGACCACUGGACAACGCGGCCUAGUGGCCAUCAAGGACAUCACACUCCAGGGACACCAAUGCAUGAGCACCCCUCACUUCAUGCAUAUCAAAGGCGUGGAGGUGAAUGCCAGGCAGAGCGCCACCUUCUCCUGCACCAUCAACGGCCAGCCAAAAGACCAUGCCAGCUACAAGCUUUGGUUACAGGGGAUCGGAGGCAGACAGGCCCCCAUGAAGGAGACGAAGAUAGUCAACUCGCGGCGGUACACGGCCGCCUUCGACGUGGAGAACACCACCAAGGGCGACUCGGGUCGCUACCGCUGCAUCGUCCAGUCGGACCGCGGCGUGGGAGUGUCCAGUUACGCCGAGCUCAUUGUUAAACAACCUCCGGUUCCGAUCGCUCCCCCUCAGCUCAUCGCCGUGGGCGCCACCUACCUGUGGAUCCAGCUCAACGCCAACUCCAUCAACGGAGACGGGCCCAUCAUCGAGCGCGAGGUCGAGUACCGCACCGUCACCGGAAGCCUCAUCGACAACCAGCCCGUGGACAAGCCCACCCACAAGAUCGGCCACCUGGACCCAGACACCGAGUACGAGAUCAGCGUGCUUCUGACCCGACCCAAUGAAGGGGGCACUGGGGCGCCUGGACCUGCACUGCGUGCCAGAACCAAGUGUGCUGAUCCCAUGCACGGGCCGCGCAAGCUGCAGGUGGUGGACAUCAAGUCCAGGCAGAUCACGCUCCGCUGGGAGCCCUUCGGCUACAACGUGACGCGCUGCCACAGCUACAACCUGACCGUGCAGUACCGGUACCAGGCGACGGGCAAGGAGGAGACGCGCGAGGAGCUGUGCUAUGACACCCUCAGCACCACCCCGCAGCACACCAUCCGCAACCUCUCGCCCUACACCAACGUCAGCGUCCGGCUGGUGCUGCACAACCGCGAGGGGGUCAAGGAGAGCGAGGAGAUGGGGGUGCUCACCGAUGAGGAUGUGCCUGGUCCUGUACCCCUGGAGUCCAUCCACGGAAGCACUUAUGAGGAGAAGAUCAACCUCAAAUGGCAGGAGCCCGUGCAGACAUACGGAAUUAUCAAGCAGUACGAGAUCUUCUACAAGGCUGUUAGCUCCUUCGACACCGUGUUCAACCUGACCAACCAGAGCGGGAAAGUGCUGAAGUUCAGCAACGAGACGUCGCACACGUUCGAGGGCCUCUACCCCGGCUCUACUUACUCCUUCACCAUCAAGGCCAGCACCGUCAAGGGCUUCGGGCCGCCAGCAAUCGCCCAGUUCACAACCAAGAUAUCAGCCCCACUGAUGCCCCCGUAUGAGCUGGAGACGCCCCUCAAUCAGACGGACAGCACCGUCACCGUGCUCCUCAAGUCCGCCCAGAGCAGAGGUGCUCCCAUCAGUCUGUACCAGGUGGUGGUGGAGGAGGAGCGCCCCCGGCGGGCGCGGAGGGGGGCGGCCGAGAUCCUGCGCUGCUACCCGGUGCCCAUCCACUUCCAGAACGCCAGCCUGCUCAGCUCACAGUACUACUUCACCGCCGAGUUCCCGGCCUCCCGCAUCCUAACGUCCAAGACCUUCACCAUUGGCGACAACAAGACCUACAACGGCUACUGGAAUGUCCCGCUGCUGCCCCACAAGAGCUACAGCAUCUACUACCAGGCUGUCAGCACGGCCAAUGGGGAGACCAAAAUCGAUUGUGUACGAGUGGCCACUAAAGCUGCCAUAAUCGUGACUCAGCUCACAACGCCGUACAUUCGCCUUGCUCCCGCCGCGGGCGACAACCAACUAACAGGUGCGGCCACACGCAAACCAGAUGAGGUCGAGCCAGAGAAGCAGUCUGACCACACGGUGAAGAUCGCCGGAGUCAUCGCCGGCAUUCUGCUCUUCAUCAUCAUCUUCCUCGGCGUGGUGCUCGUGAUGAAGAAACGAAGAACCUAUCACUCCUACACUUAUUACCUGAAACUGGCCAAAAAGCGCAAAGAGACUCUGAGCAGCACCCGGCAGGAGAUGACCGUGAUGGUGAACUCCAUGGACAAGAGCUACACAGAGCAAGGCACCAACUGCGAUGAAGCCAUCUCCUUCAUGGACACCCACAACCUCAAUGGCAGAACUGUUUCCUCGCCGUCAUCAUUCACCAUGAAGACUAACACCUUGAGUACGUCCGUGCCGAACUCCUACUACCCAGACGACAACCACACGAUGACCAGCGACACCAGCAGCCUGGUGCAGUCGCACACCCACUCGUUCAAGAAGCGGGAGGCGGUGGACGUGCCGUACCAGACGGGGCAGCUGCAUCCCGCCAUCCGCGUGGCCGACCUCCUGCAGCACAUCACGCAGAUGAAGUGCGCCGAGGGCUACGGGUUCAAAGAGGAGUACGAGAGCUUCUUUGAAGGCCAGUCGGCUCCGUGGGACUCGGCGAAGAAGGACGAGAACCGCAUGAAGAAUCGCUACGGCAACAUCAUCGCAUACGAUCAUUCCCGCGUGAGGCUUCAGCCAGUGGAGGGAGAGCAGACCUCCGACUAUAUUAAUGCAAAUUACGUUGAUGGUUAUCAUAGACCAAACCACUACAUCGCUACCCAAGGACCAAUGCAAGAGACCGUAUAUGACUUCUGGAGGAUGGUGUGGCAGGAGAACACUGCUACCAUUGUCAUGGUAACCAACCUGGUGGAGGUGGGCCGGGUGAAGUGCUGCAAGUACUGGCCAGAUGACACUGAGAUCUACAGGGACAUGAAGGUGACACUGAUUGAGACCCAGCUGCUGUCCGAGUAUGUGAUCCGCACCUUUGCCGUGGAAAAGCGGGGUGCCCAUGAGAUCCGCGAGAUUCGUCAGUUCCACUUCACCGGCUGGCCGGAUCACGGCGUCCCCUACCACGCCACCGGCCUGCUGGGCUUCGUGCGCCGGGUCAAGUCCAAGAGCCCCGCCAACGCCGGACCCAUGGUGGUCCACUGCAGCGCGGGGGCUGGCCGGACCGGCUGCUUCAUCGUCAUCGACAUCAUGCUGGACAUGGCCGAGCGCGAGGGUGUGGUGGACAUCUACAACUGUGUGAGAGAGCUGCGCUCCCGCCGGGUCAACAUGGUCCAGACAGAGGAGCAGUACGUGUUCAUUCACGAUGCCAUCCUGGAGGCGUGUCUGUGUGGGGACACCACCAUCCCCUCCUCCCAGCUGCGCUCCGUCUACUAUGACAUGAACCGCCUGGACCCCCAGACCAACUCCAGCCCCAUCAAGGAGGAGUUCAGGACGCUGAACAUGGUGACUCCCACGUUGCGCGUGGAGGACUGCAGCAUCGCGUUGUUGCCACGCAACCACGAGAAGAAUCGCUGCAUGGACGUGCUCCCGCCCGACCGCUGUCUGCCCUUCCUCAUCACCAUUGACGGGGAGAGCAGCAACUACAUCAACGCCGCCCUCAUGGAUAGUUACAAGCAACCCUCAGCAUUCAUCGUUACCCAGCAUCCUUUGCCCAACACUGUAAAAGACUUCUGGAGGCUGGUCCUGGACUACCACUGCACGUCCAUCGUGAUGUUGAACGAUGUGGACCCGGCACAGCUGUGUCCACAGUACUGGCCUGAGAACGGAGUCCACAGGCACGGGCCCAUUCAGGUGGAGUUUGUGUCCGCUGACCUGGAGGAGGACAUCAUCAGCAGGAUAUUCCGCAUCUACAACGCUGCACGGCCCCAGGAUGGGUACAGGAUGGUGCAGCAGUUCCAGUUCCUGGGCUGGCCCAUGUACCGCGACACCCCCGUGUCCAAGCGCUCCUUCCUCAAGCUCAUCCGGCAGGUGGACAAGUGGCAGGAGGAGUACGACGGAGGGGAGGGGCGCACCGUAGUGCACUGUCUGAAUGGAGGAGGACGUAGCGGAACGUUCUGUGCAAUCAGUAUUGUGUGUGAAAUGCUGAGACACCAGCGCUCAGUGGAUGUGUUCCACGCCGUUAAGACACUGAGGAACAACAAACCCAACAUGGUCGACCUACUGGAUCAGUAUAAGUUCUGUUAUGAAGUGGCACUGGAGUACUUGAAUUCUGGUUAAGUUUGACGUCUAGCCUGGAGGCUUCCACCCUUCCCCGCUCUGUCCACCCCUGCCUCCACCCCACCCCGCCCCGCCUCUCUUCACCCCCACCCUCUGGCACCCCGCUUAACCCCGGACUGAGACGCAAACACGCAUGAAUGUUUUUAAAAAGUGCUGGACGCGAGGCCCAGCGUAGGACAAGUGCUGCUUAGGCCACCAUCCCCCCCUAAGUCAGGAGACGCUGGCGACGUGGGAAUGUGGUCUUUCGAACGGGGAUCGCGAAGGAUAAACGGGAAUAACAAAACAACAUUGCGAGAAACCUUUGCGUUUUUUUUUUUUUUUUCUUCCAAGGAAGGGAGGACCAGACGCUUGCACUGCCCAGCUGAACUGUCUGUGGUGAUCCGUGACCCUCCUUCACCUGCGACUCCUCCCCCUGUAACCUUGAUAUUUGACCUUGACCUUUGACACCCCCGUGCUCUGUGUAUGUACAUUUCAGCAAGAGUCCGCUGGAGCCACGCGCUACUGUAUCCCUCCCCCCACCCGCCCUCCACCCCACCCCACCCCACCCCACCCCCCACACCAGCAUCCCUGAACACUAUGAGGAGCACACUGAUGUACUUUGACGCUCAUUCGUCCAAGUCCUUUCAUUCUUCACUUCUUGACACUCCUCUCUCUCUUUCUCUCUAUCUCUCUUUCCCUCUCUCUUUCACUCCCUCUCUCUCUCCCUCUGUCUCUUUCUCUCUCUCUCGCCUGUGAUUCUUGUUAAUUGCCUUUUUAUCCUUGUUGGAUUAUAGUUGUCAUUUCCGUUUUUGUGGGGAAUGCAAUGUUAGCGUAAUGUUGAUGUUUUGUUUGUAUUAUUAUUGUUAUUAUUAUUAUUAUUUGUUCUAUUUUUAUUUGAUUUUCUACUUUUUGUUUGUUAAUGCGAGGCAGUAUGAAAUGUACAGCUGAAGAAAAAAACACGAAACUGGCAUUAUGAGUGCGAAUUCUAAAUGUAAUGUUGCCAUUGCUGUGGUCGCUAGGGGUGUCUUUACGCUGAACUUUGGGAACUGCUGAUACAGUCCACGCGCAAGCUUACCGUCAUGUCAAAUGAUCCAAAGCUUUUAUUUGUUGUCCUUGUUAAUAUUGUAAAUAUUUGAAGUUCGGCAGAUUAUUUAUUCAUUGAGAGUUUUGUGAAGCACAUUGAUUGACAAUCAUGUUUUUAUUUGGUCAUUAUUUUUCUCCCUUCACGGACUCUACAUAAUGUUGACAAAUGCUAUUGGUAGCCUUUUAUUUAUCUUGUAUGGAGAAUUGAUUCAAACUUACAAAUACAUGCAUAUCUAUAUAUGA